AUCCUCAGUCCAUUAGCAUCGCUCUUUCAACUUGCCAGUACAUUGUGGACCGAAAUUGCAAAUCUGCCGUCUCCUCGUCAUCCAACAUGGAAUAUGAACAUAGGAUUUCGGUAUCGGCUGGCUCGGAUGUGCUGGUGUCGUGUCGAUAUGUCUUCCUCCGAUGUGCCACCUUAUCUGGGUGUUGUCAAUCUGGUGCAUAUCCAGAAGAAAUCCAAAGUAAGAGAUUUGAAGUGGUUCGGCCGGAUGUGUAUUCUGGUCAUCCUGUUUGCGCAGUAUGUUCAGGCCGCAAUUCUACUUACACGCCGUAUUAUGGCGGAUGCGGCAUCGACCAUCGACCUGGCCAUGUCUUUCAUGGUGUUGUCGGGACUGGUCGGGCUUAGCCAGUCUCUCAUCAUCUCUCUCGUCAAUGUAUCCUGGACACUGGACCCGAACUUCGUACCAUGCGUAAAGAGUGCUUGUCGCAUUCCAGACUGCAUUGCAUAUAAGGCCAGCCAAUCGCUGCCCAACGAUGUGUUUCAUGUUAUCGUUUUUGGAUAUAACAUAACCUCUAUCCCACGAAGCGUCCGAAUGAUGGUGGCAGGCGGCUAUUUACAGUUUGAUAUAACCCAGCACAAUCACCAUCCCUUCUGGACGGUUCUUCUCGCUUUGAUGGGGCUCCAGUUUAUCUGGCGAACGUCUGUCGAGCACCUAGUA